AUGGCCCACAUCCUAUCUCUUCCUGUCGAAACCCUGACCGACAUUCUGGGCAUUCUUAUGCCAUUUAGAUCAUCAAAAUGGCAUGGAUUUGAUGAAAUCAAACAGAGCUUGCAUCUUCGCCUCGUAUGCCGGGAUUUUGAAAGCAUUGUGUCUCGGAUGGUACUCCCGAGAAAGGGUCGCACUUUUAUCCUCCCGGAAGUGUGUCCGAGUAACAGCUAUACUAUGGCCUGGCUUGUCCGUAUGAAAUGCCUGCUAGAUGACAUGCAAAAAGGUUCGCUUACUACAUACUUUCGGCAAUGGGCGUCAUUCAUGGCGGCCCAGAGCACUUGGAAUGGGGAUGACCGGCCUAUCAGUGAGAUUGAAUGGCUGAGAACUAUCUGCAGAUCUGCCGUUGAAUCCCAGUCUCGACACUCGGAUUUAGCAGCACUUCUUCAUCAACACAAUGAUGGUAGUGUACCGUCUGGUCUUGUUGAGAUAGAUUUUGACCUCCCUCUGCGUCUCCUUGAAAGACAGGAGCACGCACCAGACGGCGAUAGGGUUGACAUAAUGAGAGACGCCGUAGGCGCUCUUCACAUUGCUGCACACCAAGGAAUCAAUGCAGCUGUUAAUACUUUGCUUAUUGCUGGGGCCGAUCCUACCUAUAAGCAUCCAGUUUUCGGUUACCCAGAAGACAACGCAGUUAAUGGCGGCCACCUCGAGAUUGUGUCCCUAUUACAAAAAUAUGGAAGCACGCAUGAAUCUCGCACGCGCUCUGCCCGCCUCCUCUCUAUUGCUGUGAAGAGAGACUACACUCGGAUUUUCAAAUUCUUGCUGAACUCAAGCCCCUUCCUUUUUCACAAGGUGGAUCUAUAUGGCUGGAUAGAAAGAGCAUGUGAGCGCGGUAAUAUCGAUAUCAUUCGUGAGCUUUUCUCAUGGGUUGAUAAGUCGUCUCCCCGGGAAGAGGAAAACCGGGGUUUAAUAAGCAGACUUCUCUGCCGCCCCAAGCCAGUCGAAAGUAAAGACUCUUUAAGAUACGGAAUACGCCAGGAAGAUCAGCAGCGCCCUCAGAAUAUUGUUAGAAAAGCAAUACAGCAUGGCCAUCCCGAAAUCGUUCAAUUCCUUAUCCGUCGACAUGAAUUCCGGCCGGCGAAAGCAAAAGAUAUACGGGAGCCUUUAUUUACAGCUUGCCGGCAAGAUCGAGGAGAUAUUCUUACCAUUCUACUUGACCACUACUAUGUGGACCGGAGUGUACUAGCCUUGCUAUUGCGUGAUGCGGCAUACUUUAGCAGGGUCUCAGUCAUCAAGGCGCUCUUGCGUCAGCCAGAUCUCAGGGCAGUUAUGGGGUCUUCCUCGAUGCAGAUGACUUUGUUGUUUGCCAUCAAAUAUGGCAACAAGGAUGGCAACUCGUUGGAGAUUGUCCAGGUGCUACUGCUAGAGAAGGGUAUUGAUCCAAAUGCAUGUCAUGGUUGCACACCGCUAGAGGCCGCCGUCGAAAGAGACGAUGCAGCCAUGGUGAAACUGCUUCUCAGCCACCAAAAAGUGAAUCCAAAUAUCAGAGGUCAUGAGCAUAGUCCCCUUUGCAAUGCUGUGCGAGGGAAAAGUUUAGAGAUAGUGCGGCUACUUCUCGAACGACAAGAUACAGAUGUGAAUCAGGGUUGCUCAGAUGUCGAGGACUAUGGCGACGCACUUCGUUUUGCAAGUCAACUUGGCGACGUACUCAUCACAAAACUGCUCCUGUGUCGGAAGGAUAUCGACGUGAAUAAAGCCGGCAAGCACCGUCCCCCUUUGGCUGUUGCGGCUUCUUGCGGAAACGGUGAAAUCAUCUCAGAGCUUCUCAGCCACCCUGACAUUGAUCCAAAUCAUGCAUCCAUCUCACAAGAGCCGCUCAUGGUUCAUGAGAUGGCAAAAGGUAGCUGGAGUUUUGAAAUGACAUCAUCCGAAACCCGAUAUGGUUCAAUCUCAGACUCACCAUUACUAUUGGCAGCACAAAACGGCUACUUAGACGCCGUCAAAUUGCUAUUGGAGGAUUCACGUGUGUCUACGAUGUCUUUAGAUGAAACUGGGAGAACACCGCUGUGGUGGGCAGUCCACAAAAGCUCGCCAGAUAUUGUCAACCUUCUACUGGAGAAGGAUGGCGGAGAACAGAUCAACAAACAAGACUUCCAGGGUUGGACGCCAUUACAUGUUGCGGUGAACCAGAAAUGCUUUUCUGCAUUCCUUAUUUUAUUAUCUCAUCCGAAUAUCGAACCAAAUAUAGUAACUAAGGAUGGAUGGGCACCAUUACAUAUGGCCAUAGCUGGUGGGAUGGGCUUAAUGGUGAAAACGCUACUCGAAAACUCAAAAGUCAACUGCGAGCAGAGAGUGAACAAGGCUGGCAUGACACCAUUCGGGUUGGCGAAGGAGAUAGGAAACGAAGAUACAAUUGCUCUGGUGUCGAAAUCGCCUCGCACACGCCCAAUCGCGGGGUCUGAGUUGCUGGUUAAAACAAAAACAACUUGA